UCGGCUCCUCCAGACAAAUAGCUGCUGUCAUAUAAUGAUCCUGAAGAGAGAGAGAGAGAACAGACACACACACACACACACACACACACACACACACACACACACACACAGAAUAAGAGAGGAGACAGUCACACCUCUUCACUCUCCGUCUGCUCAGUGUCCGAGACCCAUCCGUACUUCUCUCCACAUUCAGGUGCCUCCUCUCUUCCUGUCUGCAGGGUUUUAAUGCAGGGACACAAAGUGGACUCAUAACUGGACCUGAAGACUAAAAUGGUUCCAGUUAAACUCCUCAUACUGGGAGCUCAGAACACGGGGAAAACAGCUCUGUGUGUUCGUUUCAUUACCAAGCGCUUCAUCGGGGAAUACGACCAUAAAAAGGAGGUGACGUACAGAUGCAGUCGUCUGGUGGAUCAGGAAUCUGUGGAUCUGGAGAUCUUGGACACGGCUUGUAAGGACAGCUCUGCGGCGUCUCUGGAGUCGUCCAUCCGCUGGGCUGACGGUUUCCUGCUGCUUUACUCCGUCACACAGCGCCUCAGCUUCCUGGAGGUGCCUCGACUCAAGAAGCUCAUCGAGCAUACCAAAAAGAGUCUGGUUGUUCCUACAGUGCUGGUAGCCAAUAAGGCAGACUUGGAGAUCGGCCGGCAGGUGACGACAGACGAAGGACAGAGACUGGCCAAAGAUUUGAGGUGUGCUUUCAGGGAGCUGUCUGUUGCAGAGGCAGUUUUAGCCGUGGAAGCUGCAGUGUUUCAGCUCAUCAGGUUGGUGUUGGAUCAGCAGCGCCCCCUGCCGGACCGUCGCUCCUACAUGCUGAGUGUCCGUCACGCUCUGACCCGGAAACUGACCCGUUCCAAAACCAUGCAGUGGUGACCGAAGAGAACAAAACAAACACCUGUUAGUAUACCUGUUAGUAUACCUGUUAGGACAUUAAAACUGUGGCUGUUUUUUUAUGACAGUAUGGUUUAUUUGCAGCAUUAUAAAAUAUUAAAACAAGUUAUUAAUUUUGGAUGUUUUUCCUAAACUGCAGGUCUGACAGGUGGGAGCUGUGAUUUAGAUCAGGUCACAUUCAGGAGUGUUUGUCCUACGUUGUUGUGUGUUGUAUCCUCCACUAGAGGGCGGUAGAGUCGUUUUAAUCGGUGUUUCGGACUUAAAACGACCCCACAGGAUUUUUUUAAAUCCACUGUUUGGCCAUAAAA